AUGAGCUCAGCAUCACCACAACCUGAAGAAGCAGCUGCAGCAGCUGGAUCUCCAUCUGAGUUCUUGAAGAACAUCGUAGGGAAAAGAGUGAAAGUGAGAAUAGGUAGUGGGGUAGAUUAUCAUGGCCUCUUGACAUGUCUAGAUGGAUAUAUGAAUGUAGCACUUGAAGAAACUGAAGAAUGGGCGAAUGGCAGAAAGACAGCAGAGUAUGGAGACUGUUUCCUUCGAGGUAACAAUGUCCUUUAUAUUUCAGCAUUAGAAGAUUUAUAA